GUGAAGCCAGUGGUGUAACUUCCAAGUGUGCAGCUGCUAUGGGACCCAAGCUGCUUCCAGGGCCCGCUGCUCCCCCUGCACCCAUUCACUGGCUGACCCCAAGGACCGUAGCUCCCCUUCACCCCCACUAAGAACGCAGCUGAAUUCAUUAACCCCUGUUACCCCGAGGCUGCAGCCUCACGGAGCCUGAGUAUGCAGCAAGGGGAUGGUGGGGUACCUGGCCGACUCCAAGUGAUGCGAUUUGCGGGUAUUUAGGGGGCACGGCCUAAUGACGGGAAGUGCCAGCCCCCAUCAGAGACCUCUGCUGGACUGGAAUCAGGAGCCCAGCAGUAAGUCCUUGGUGACCUUACGUGUGGAUAGCACUGGAUUUUAUCUCUACUGGACCUGUCCUAACAUGGAAGUUGAUAUUCUAGAUAUCAGUUUUAUAAGAGACACACGGACAGGGAAGUAUGCUAAAAUACCUAAGGACUCUCGAAUGAGGGAAACUUUAGGAUUCUCAGGAACAGAGCAGCGUCCUGAAGAAAAACUGGUAACCGUUGUGUAUGGCUGCGACCUUAUUAAUAUCAACUUCCUCAACUUUAUGGCUGUUCAGGAGGACACGGCAAAGAUAUGGACAGAUGGACUUUUUAAGCUGGCCACAAAUAUUCUGGCCCAGAAUUCAUCCCGGAACACGUUCCUGCAGAAAGCGUACACCAAACUGAAGCUGCAAAAGAACCAGGAUGGAAGGAUACCAGUGAAGAACAUCUUAAAGAUGUUUGCAGCUGACAAGAAGAGAGUGGAGACUGCACUUGAGUCCUGUGGCCUGAACUUUAACCGGAGUGAGUCCAUCAAGCCGGAGGAGUUCACCUUUGAAAUUUUUGAGCGAUUUCUCAAUAAGUUAUGCCUUCGCCCGGACAUCGAUAAGAUCCUGUUGGAGCUUGGAGCUAAAGGGAAACCUUACUUAAAUCUGGAGCAAUUGAUGGAAUUCCUAAACCAGAAGCAGAGGGAUCCACGACUUAAUGAGAUCCUUUUCCCACCACUAAAGAGGGACCAGGUGCGCCAGCUUAUUGAGAAGUACGAGCCCAACAAACAAUUUCUGCAGAGGGACCAGAUGUCCAUGGAAGGCUUUAGUCGCUUCUUGGGUGGGGAUGAGAACAGCAUUGUUCCCCCAGAGGCCCUUGAUCUGAGUGAUGACAUGACACAACCGCUCACCAGUUACUUUAUCAAUUCCUCCCACAACACUUACCUCACCGCCGGACAGCUGACUGGUAACUCCUCCGUGGAGAUGUACAGACAGGUGCUGCUCACAGGUUGCCGCUGUAUUGAGUUGGACUGCUGGAAGGGACGUCCCCAAGAUGAAGAGCCCUUCAUUACCCAUGGUUUCACCAUGACCACUGAGAUACCAUUCAAGGAAGUCAUUGAAGCAAUAGCAGAAAGUGCCUUUAAAACCUCACAGUUUCCAGUCAUUUUAUCAUUUGAAAAUCACGUUGACUCCGCAAAGCAACAAGCUAAGAUGGCCGAGUAUUGUAGGAACAUCUUUGGAGAUGCGCUCUUAAUCGAACCCCUGGAGAAAUAUCCUCUUCAACCAGGUGUGGCUCUCCCAAGCCCCCAGGAACUCAUGGGGAGGAUUCUAGUGAAGAACAAGAAGAGGCACAGGGGAGGGGGGAAGGGCAGUGUCAAGAGAAGAGUGAGUGAGCAGCCUUCCAACACUUACAGUGACUCUUCAAGUGUGUGCGAGUCUCCUGCAGUGGGAGCUCUGAUAUCUGACUCUGCUGACGUAUCGUUGACACUUUCCAAUGGGGAUGAAAAAAUGGAGGAGAGGAUUCCCAAGUGUGUGGAACCACGCAAGUCUAUCGACCGUGAUGCUUAUAGUGAGGAGGAGGAGGACGAAGAGCCGUCAGAUCCUAAGAAGUCUGAUGAGGGCACUGCAAGCAGUGAAGUCAGUGCCACAGAAGAAAUGUCCACUCUUGUCAAUUACGUGGAACCUGUUAAGUUCAAGUCAUUCGACUUAGCCAAUAAGAGAAAUAAAUAUUAUGAAAUGUCUUCUUUUGUUGAGACUAAAGCUCUGGAGCAGCUCACUAAAUCUCCCAUGGAGUUUGUAGAAUAUAACAAGAAGCAAUUGAGUCGUAUUUACCCCAAAGGAACGAGGGUGGAUUCCUCUAAUUACAUGCCACAGGUUUUCUGGAAUGCCGGAUGUCAGAUGGUGGCAUUGAAUUUCCAAACACUGGACCUUGCCAUGCAGUUAAAUAUGGGGAUAUUUGAGUAUAACCGACGGAGUGGGUACCUCCUAAAGCCGGAAUUUAUGCGCCGGACAGACAAACCUUUCGACCCUUUUACAGAAAAUAUAGUUGAUGGUAUUGUGGCAAAUACAGUAAAAAUCAAGAUUAUCUCAGGGCAGUUCCUGUCUGAUAAACGUGUCGGAAUAUAUGUGGAGGUUGAUAUGUUUGGAUUGCCUGUUGACACCAAGAGGAAGUUUCGGACCAAAACUUCCCAGGGAAACUCAUUUAACCCUGUGUGGGAUGAGGAGCCAUUUAUAUUCCAUAAGGUGGUGCUCCCCACACUGGCCUCUCUUCGCAUUGCCGUCUUUGAAGAAGGUGGGAAGUUUGUUGGCCACAGAAUUCUUCCAGUAUCUGCGAUACGACCAGGUUAUCACUACAUCUGUCUCAGGAAUGAGAUUAAUCAGCCUCUGUGUCUCCCGGCACUGCUUGUAUACACUGAAGCAAAUGAUUAUAUUCCUGAUGAUCACCAAGAGUACAUCAGAGCUCUGAUUAACCCCAUCCAACAUGCCAGUCUGGAUGAGAGGGCAAAGAAACUUGUGGCUCUAAUUGGAGACAGUGAGCAGCCCAACAACGCAGAGAAACCACAAGAGCGGAAAAAGCCAGAAACGCCAUUUGCCUCUCCACAGAUACCUGUUGGGACCAAGAAACUAUCUAUCACCCCAGUGUCACCACCAGUUCACCGGGAUGGCCUUAUAGCAGGCAUACUGACAGACGUGCAGGCCCCUUCUUUAGAAGAGCUGAAGUUACAGAAAAGCUUUGUGAAGCUGCUUUGCAGACAGUACAGGGAAUUGCGCCAUAUGCACCGCAAACACCUGCGCAAGGUGUCCUCUCUCUGCAAAGAGCAGAACAGCAGAGUCAUACAGCUGCAGAGCAUCCGAAGGAAGAUGUUUGGAAAAAGCAAUAAAGGAGAACAAGAUUCUGUUAGGCAAUGCUGUGUUCUAGCAGGGAAUGUGGAUACACUUUGUGCCAGCAAGAGUAUUGUUUACAAUGGAGGACACUGUGACACCAUAAACAGUUCAUAUUCUGAGCAAGAAGAGCAGCAAAAGAAGCUAAUGGAUCUACAGGGAGAGCAGCAGAGACGCCUGCUGGAGAUGAGAGAACUUCAGCAUGAACAAGAAAGGAAAAUCAAACACAUCCACCUUCAGCAGGCUGUUCAGAAGCUCCAGGAUGUGGCCCAGUCUUGUCAUUCUGCACAGCUCAAGAAGUUAAAAGAGAUCAACGAAAAGGAGAAGAAAGAACUACAGAAGAUCCUAGACAGAAAGAGACAUAACAGCAUCACUGAGGCCAAAUCACGAGAUCGGCAAAAGAAAGAAGGAGAACUUACAGAGAUCAACAGACGUCACAUCAAUGAGUCAGUGAACUUUAUACGCAGUUUAGAAGAAGCACAGAACAAGCGUCUGGAGAAGUUGCUGGCUGCUCACCAGGAUACUCUGCAGAGGAUAAAGGACGAGGAGCCAAAGCUGAUGACUCAGUUGGAAGAGGAAUGCCAAGCAGAGUUUCGUCAGCUCCCCCAGGAAGUACGACGGUACCUGCAAGAGGAAGGAUGCACUUGGGGUGGAGGCAGUUCAGGGCCUCCAUCAUCCACACACAGCACGCCAUCAUCUAUCACACGGGGCUGGGGAUCACAGCUUGAUGAAGGGGAUCGUUUACAAACACCAGAGGACUCAAGUGAUGAAGCCACUCGACUCUGACCCCCAAAAAUCAAGAACUUAUAUUUUUAAUAUAUAUAAAUAUUCAAAAGAUCACCCCUUUCAAAAAGAGAAGGAUUCAUAGCCACUGAUAUAGUAUCCUCGAAAUGUAUUAUGAAACCUGCUAUUUUGAUAUCAAACAAAAAUCAGAGGACACCAAAGUGAUGAACUUCCUCCUGGGAUGAAUAAACUGUAUAGUCACUAAGGAGAAGGAGAUGAUGCCAUAUUCCCAAGAAUGACACUGCUUGUGCAACACUAUGUAUGAGAGGCAUUGUGCGUGUGUUAUGUGUUGUAUGCAAAAGUGGAGCGUGUGUGUGUGUCACAGGAUUCUCCCAUUUUAUGUAUUUUUUACACACAUUUUAUUUCUCCAAUAAAAUGGGCAGAAAUCGUGA